GAGCUCUUCUAUGUCGCCAACAUUCUGGAUUACGGGCGAAUCCUCACGCUCUACUGGGCGGUGCAGGCCUCCGACGGCCAGACCUUCGCCUUGUGGUACUCCGUGAGCUACCUCUUGGUAGAUGGCUAUGCAGCGCGGGCCUUGAAUCAAGAAUCCCGGCUCGGCUACUACUUAGAUAUGGUCAUCGACCGCGUGUCCUCGUGCCUAUGUCUCCACUUCGCUGCACAGGCGGUCAUUGAAGGCAACACCUUCAUCGGCGAGACCUUGGCGCCUUUGGUUGCCUGGACCUUGCGGCUCUUGAUUGUCAUCGUCGAGAUUCUCGCCCACACAUCCGUGAUGUACCUCUCAGAGGUACUGGGCGUGCACCAGAAACAGAUGGGGUACGAGUACGCCAUCGUUCGGACGUACCUCAGUGACAAGCGCUGCCUCUUUUGGUCCUGCCUCAGUUUCGAGCUGUUCGGACUCAGCAUCAUCGUGAACUCCAUGCCGGGCGUGAUGAUCGCACUGCCCGGAUUUGCUUUUCGAGCGGCCGCCAAUAUUUGCCGCCUCAUGUCGAUCCUUGCGAGGAAGAACAGUUAA